AUGUCUCAUACCUCAUUCACCGCUUCACCUAUUCAAGCCGGUCCUUCGUCGAUAACAAAUGGGAACGUCUCAGCUGGCCACAACCAGACUGAUGGGAUCCAGAAGCCAGACGACAACAUCGACACACUCGCAGACAUCCGUCUUCUCCUCCAAUACGUCUCCCGUGCUUUUUACGAAGUACGACAUAUCCUACUCCUCGACCAGCUCAUUCGUAAAGAAGCCAUGAAAGAUGAGGAACUGGCUGCUCGCCUUGGCGUUGGUCCCAAGGAACUUGCCAAAGCCGCAAACAUGCUGAUUCGGGACCAGUUGGUCUCAGUUUACUUGCGUGCCGAGGUCAAGCCUGGGGCUUCAAAAGCCACUCAACGGACGUACUACUACAUUGACUACAAGCAUUGUGUGGACGUUAUCAAAUGGAGGCUGUGGAAAAUAAGCAAGGUCAUCGACGGUCAAGGCUAUGUAUGUCCUCGGUGUAAGACUACAUAUUCUACUCUCGACAUCUCUGGGCUAGCCAUGACAGCCACGAGCUUUCUCUGCGAGAUCUGCAAUACUCCUCUCGAUGACAAUGAUAAUGACAUCGAGGUGCAGAAGAACAAGGACCGCAUGCAACGCCUCAACUCGCAAUCGACGUUGAUCAAGAAAACGUUGCAAAAGGCAGACAAGGUUACCGUACCUGCGUUUGACAUCGCUCAAUGGGUGGCUAUACACAUGCCUCUCGAGAAACCGGUCGAUUCGGCUGAUGGUUUGGCUGUGGCAACUGGUGGUGCUAAGGAGGCUGCCGUCUCUGUUCAAAUGGCGCAGGAGGGUGAUUUGGAAAACAAACGUCUCCUCAAGGAGCAGCAGGCAGAGGCUAAACGACAGGCCAACGCUCUGCCGGUUUGGAUCGCUCAAAGUACAGUGAGCGGUGAAUUGACGGGGGCUGGUAUCAAAGAAGGUACCAACACCACUGCACGACCUGGCAUUUCAUUCGUCAACCCGACUGUACCUGAGCCAGCUGAUGUCAAGAUUGACGGAGAUGUCGACUACGACGCUUACUUCGCCAAACUUCAAAAUCAAUCAAGGUCACUGACGACAUCGACCCUUGAUCCCAAACGAUCUCCGUCAGAUAGCACCUGUUCACUGAAUUCGCCUUCACAGUCUUGUGCCUCAUCAAACGGGACUGGAAUCAAACGGAAUCGUGAUUACGUUGAUGAAGGUUAUGGAAGCCUCAAGAGUAGUCCGGAAGAUCAUCGAACUCAUGGUCAUCAAUCAAGGAAGAAGACCAAAGUUGAUGUACCUGCGGUUGUUGCGCCUCCAUCUGCCGAAGAUGAUACCGAUGAAGUGAAGACGAUGAUGUUGGGUGGCAAGCUGAUUGACAUCAGCUCUGUGACGGAGGAGAUGGAGCAUCACAUGACGCCGGAGGAAUAUACCAUCUAUGCCACGCUUAUCAUGGCCAACUAA